AUGAAUGCAGAUGGUACAGGCUAUACACCAAUACCUAACCUAGUUACUCGGUGGGACCAGCAGAACCACCUUUUGGACCAGUGUGCACAGGCUCUGCAGACCAUCCUGAUUUGUAAUGCACAUCUGGAUCCAGCACCCGGCCAGCCUGCUAUUUCGGCAGCCUCUGCCUCACUUCCUGUUCGAACACCGGUUGUAGCCUCCAAACCUGCUGCGGCUAGAGGAAUGACUGG